UAUAGAAUAUAACUACCAAUGCAAACAAUUCAGCAAGCAUAAUACACAUUCUUUAAAUUUUGUCAGACCCCCCACCUUUCUCUCCAAAAUGGACUGGACUAGAGGCCAAACCAUUGGCCAUGGCUCCUCGGCCACCGUCUCGAUGGCCAAGGCCAACCGGUCCGGUCAAGUCUUUGCGGUUAAGUCAGCUGAGCUAUUGAAAUCGGAGUCUCUCCAAAGAGAGCAAAGUAUUCUUUCAACAUUGAAGUGUCCACAAAUUGUGGUGUACAAGGGGUGUGACAUUACUAACGAGAAUGGUAAGUUGUUCUAUAAUCUUUUCUUGGAGUACAUAUCCGGUGGCACGCUUAUCGAUGCGAUUCGGGAGGGCGGAGGCUGUCUCGACGAGGCUAUGAUCAGAUUGUAUGCCCGGACGAUUUUGCUUGGCCUUGAGUACCUUCAUUGUAAUGGUAUAGUGCAUUGUGACAUUAAGGGUCAUAAUAUUUUGCUCACCGGUGAUGGGGCAAAAAUUGCUGAUUUGGGUUGUGCUAAGAGGGUUGAUGAGGUGUCGGGGGAUAUUGAUUUGAAAGCGACAGCGCCAAUUGCAGGCACUCCGCUUUACAUGGCACCUGAGGUGGCGCGUGGGGAGCACCAAGGGUUCCCUGCUGAUAUCUGGUCUGUCGGGUGCACCGUUGUUGAGAUGGCUACCGGACAAGCUCCAUGGGUGAAUGUCUCAGACCCAGUUUCAGCCCUUUACCAAAUUGGGUUUUCAGGUAACGUGCCAGAGAUUCCAAGCUUCAUGUCUAAGCAAGCCAAGGACUUUUUGAGCAAGUGCCUGAAGAGGGACCCAGGAGAAAGGUGGUCAGCCAGUGAACUGCUUAAGCAUGAUUUCAUUACCGAGGAGCCAAAUUCUGCUUUGAAGGAGAUUAUUAGCAGCACAAAUGUGGACACUCCAACAUGUGUACUGGAUCAAGUCUUAUGGGACUCGAUAGAGGAGUUAGAGACAACUUGGGAUUUGUCCCAAGAAAGCCCUUCGGUCUCUCCAGUUGAAAGAAUCAAGCAAUUGACUGAAGGCAAUGGAGAAGUGCCCAAUUGGUCAUGGGAUGAUACUUGGAUCACAGUAAGAAGCAACGAACAAGAAAUUGUUCCUUGUAGUGAGGAUUAUAACUUAGCAUAUGCUAGUGGCCACAUUGGCCAUAGUGGGGCAGAGAUAACUUGGGCUAGCAUGGAAUAUGACUUUGUCUUUUUUCUUAAUGAACUCACGUAUAUUAGUGGGAAGAAGACUAGCAGUAGUGGUAGUUGUGGCGAUGGUAGCAGGCAUAAAAUAUUAUUGAUGCCCUGUGAAGGUAGAAAAGGUGCUUUAUGUGGCUGUUCAAAUUUUUUGAAGGAAAUAAACUUCGGUUUUCUACAUGGCAAUGCUUGCACAUGGUUGUUUAAAAAUACAUAUUUCCUCACAAAUCACAGUUGUUAAA